AUGUCGUCUGCGGUCAGCUUCCUGCCCUGCUGCAAGGUGAAGGUGGGCUUCCUGCCCUGCUGCAAGGUGAAGGUGGGCUUCCUGUCCUGCUGCAAGGUGAAGGUGGGCCUCCUGUCCUGCUGCAAGGUGAAGGUGGGCCUCCUGUCCUGCUGCAAGGUGAAGGUGGGCUUCCUGUCCUGCUGCAAGGUGAAGGUGGGCUUCCUGUCCUGCUGCAAGGUGAAGGUGGGCCUCCUGUCCUGCUGCAAGGUGAAGGUCGGCUUCCUGCCCUGCUGCAAGGUGAAGGUGGGCCUCCUGUCCUGCUGCAAGGUGAAGGUGGGCUUCCUGUCCUGCUGCAAGGUGAAGGUGGGCAUCCUGUCCUGCUGCAAGGUGAAGGUGGGCUUCCUGUCCUGCUGCAAGGUGAAGGUGGGCCUCCUGUCCUGCUGCAAGGUGAAGGUGGGCUUCCUGUAA